AUGUCGUCGUUAAAAUUUCGCGCAACAGUAGUUGAUAUUAAAUCAACAUCCAACGCUGUCUGGUGGAUUAAGAAUCCCACAGAAACAUGGGUGCGAGGCAUUCGGCACAAGCAACAGAGUCAACGUAAGCAAUCUGAACAUGCAUCCUUGUGUCAUGAUUUGGCAGAUUUAUUUCGCAACAUAUCCUUGCACGGCUAUGCAAAUUUGAUAAUAACACAGCACAGCGUUUGGGAGAAAUUAAUUUGGCUGGCGGUGCAUGCGACAACCUUGUUUGCUUUGCUGACAGUGCUUCUGCUUACCUGGGAGCAAUUCGUAGCUCAAUACUUCGCUAUCAAUUUACACGAUCCACUUUAUGCAGUCGAAAAUGUGCCAUUUCCGGCUGUCUCCAUUUGCUCCAACAAUAGAAUUUCCCAACAAGAGGCUAUGACAUAUGCAAAUCAAUUACAUAAAAGUGAUCCAUCGAAUCGUUCAGUAGUUUAUUUUUUGGAAAGUAUUCAACUAUUAAACAAUCUCUACGUUAAACAUGGAGAAACAAUUAACACUGAAGCUUUAACCAACUUUCAAGCUUUCUUGGAUACUCAUGAUGCAUGGAAUAAUGAUGCUUUUUAUGAUACCCGAAGAUUUAUGAGAAUGUUAGCACCAGCCUGUAAAAAUUUCAUAUUGGAAUGCAAAUUGGCGGAGAAAAAUAUUGAAUGUUUCAGUAAAGUUGCCUUUGAAGAGAGUUUAACCAUGUUCGGACCGUGUUGCACAUUCAAUCUAAAUGAUUCGUAUGUUUUUACUAUAUACAAUAUACAUAUAGAUAUUGAUAUACACACAACCAUCUAUACAUAUGUAUAUAAUUAA